AGCUCAGCAGCACUUGAGAGAAGAGGCACUAAGACAGAGAGGCAGCAGAGAGACCCUGUGUUAUAGAGUGGCAUCGAGUUCCCAACAAAACUUCAGUCAUGAAAAUUCUUUACCUGCUCUUUGCUGUCUUCUUCCUGGUGCUGCAAAGCUUUCCAGGAUUCACCCGGUCUGAUCCCAAAAACAUCAAAGAAUGUUUAAAGGCUGGGGGCAUCUGCUUCCCUUUUGGAUGUCCUUUUAGCAAACGGAUUGGACGCUGCAGCCCUGGAAUCCGUUGCUGUAAAAAAAAGGAUUCACCCAGGGCAUCAAUAACCCCCGUGAUUGUCGUCGUGCUGGGGGCUUCUGCCGCCGUAGAUGUCCCCCCAAUUUCAGACGAAUCGGAAGUUGUGGUUUUGGGCUGAGUU